AUGACCAAUCUGGUGGUUAUUUUUGUAAUCUACAUCAUCACAUUCCUGAUUGGCUUCCCUUCCAACCUCCUCGCCCUCUACACAUUCGUAGUGAAAGUACUUAAGAAGCCAGCCCCCAUAGACAUCCUCUUGCUCAACUUGACUUUGUCAGAUAUCAUGCUUCUGGUCUUUCUGCCCCUCAAAAUGAGAGAGGCUGCCCUAAACAAUGAGUGGCCUUUCCACAGGGCCCUCUGCACUGUGACCAGCUGCACUUUCCACAGCAGCCUCUCCGUCAGUACCAUUUUCCUCACGGCGAUCAGCGUGGACCGCUACCUGGGGGUUGCUUUUCCCAUCAAGUAUAGGUUGAAACGCAAGCUGGCCUACGCAGUGGCGGCCAGCAUCUUCAUCUGGGUGUUUGUUGUUUCCCACUGCGGUACAGUCUUCGUUGUGAGGUCCCUGCGCAAUGAUUCCAUACCGUCUUCACAGCUCCCUUCCAACCACGUCGUAUGCUUCAAAGCGUUCAAUGAGCGGCAGAAGAAGAUCAUCUACCCCUUCCGGCUCGAAAUCUGCAUUGUCCUCUUCUGCAUCCCUUUCAUCAUCACCUGUUUCUGCUAUGUCAAUGUGAUCCGCAUCCUGGCCUCCCUGCCCAACGUCAAGCCGCGAAAGAAGCAACGGGCUGUGGGCCUGGCUACAUUUACUUUGCUCAAUUAUGCUGUGUGCUUUGGCCCCUUUAACAUCUCCCACAUUUUUGGAGUAAUACAUUAUGAAGACCCGAAAUGGAGAGAAUAUACCUUCGCCCUCAGUUCCUUCAACACCUGCUUGGAUCCUUUCAUCUUCUUCUUCUCAUCCCAUGCCAUGCGACGAAACGUUGGUGCCUGCUGGGCUGGCGUCUGCAGUAGAUUCCGGCCCAUUAUACCACGCUGCUCUUUGCCCUGCUGCAAGGAUCCCAGAGAUGGUGAUGAAGGGGGAGGAGCUGUCGGAUUAUCUUCGUCAAGUGGAAUGGGAGGGAUUGGCGCAUCCACUGAAUCCUCCUCCGGUGGCCAUGCUGCAAAGAUCUGGGAGAUCAGUGCGCUGAACCCUGGACAAGAAGCAUACUGCACCAAGUUCCAAGGACACAUGGCAAAUUAAACCAGAGCAGG